CUCUGGCAAAAUCCGAAGCCUCUGCGACACUCCUGUGACACUUUGGUGGCUACCUGGGAGUGACCUCAGACAGUAUUCAAGUGACCGGCAUGAACACCGACACGAACAGGUCCGAAGUUGACCUCACCGACCACUGCGUACCCUGCACGGUAGCCGAAAACCAAACAUGCCAGAUCGCCGACAAGCUCUCCACCUGGAACAGGCUCCUUCUGGCAUCCAACUUUGAGCUGCGAGAACAGGCGGACAUGUCUGGCCAGCUGUGCCUAGGGAAUUUUACUGGUAAAGAUCACUUACGUCAGCUGCCACAGAACCAGGACCGUCUUCGAUGGUUGCUCAGGACUCAUCACUGCAUUGGUUCCGUCCACCUCAAGCUCCACAUUGUCACAAACCCAGACUUCUACGUACUGGAGGCUCUUCGUCAUAGUUCAGCGAUCAAGACUGUGAAACUACAUAUCCAGGGACGGAAAGCAUUAAAUGCCGUUUCUGCAUUAAUACCCAGCUUGACAAAUAUAAAAACACUUCACUGCGAGGCCGACUUAUCGCGCGAGGAUUCCUCGGAAGGCUUUGUAGCUGCACUGUCGGCGCUUCAGCGGGCUUCAUCGUCUCUGGAGAGCCUACAUCUACACGGCUUUUCGAUAAAAGGACCGGCGGCGGAGACUUUCGUCAGAGAAUUCUUAAGCAAAUCCGCGCUCAAAAAACUAGAGUUGCAGAGUUGCGUAUUCGAAUGCGAGUCCUACCCACGCGCCUUACGCGAAUAUAUUGGCACGACUACGUUUCUAAAUGCAGUGACUCUUGACAUGGUGGUGAAUAAGGUAACCCAAACGGCUAUUCUUGAAGGCGUGCUCAAAAACAGAAGUAUCGAGAAGCUCUCCAUCUACGUGUUCAGUGGAAACGAAGAAAUCGCGGAGUUGGUUGCUGGGGUGAUCAGCAAAAAUCGGGUAAUACGCAACUUGACCUUAUCGACCUUCGUCCGAAACGUGCCUGAAAUGCACAACGUUUGCGACCGCUGGCUCCGCGCAGUCAUUCAAAAUGAUACGCUGGAAGAAGUGGGCCUUCCACUGCAGAUAUUCCACCCAUCACAAUGGGCCACAUUUAUCAUGGCACUGCCGCAAAAUGGAAAUCUAAAGAAGGUCCACAUCGACGCAGGGUUCAACGCUGAACUGCUACGACCAGUCUGCUCGAUGCUCACGACAACUGGCUCCGACAAAAGAGUUUCUAUCGGAACCUACGAGUAUAGAGAAGACGUGGACUUGAUACGCUGCAAAGCAUUCCGGGCAAUACAUUUCUCCCCGUUGGAACCCGACGACUAUUUGGGCGUCGCUUUGCAACUACUUCCAAACUGUGAGCACGUGACAGUGUUGAGCAUUCGCGUAGACUGUGGCAACCGGAGACUCUUUAUGGCACUGGCCGAAUAUUUAAAAUCCACGACUGUGCUGCGAGAGCUCGAAUUGAUUGUUUCGUAUGACGUCCAACUGGUCGAGGCCCACGGCGCCAAUCCGGGGUGGUCGGUCGUGCGAGAAUCCCUGUCUCGAAACAAGAGCUUGAGGAAGCUGACGCUUCAUCAUCAAUGCCUGACCACUCGAGACAUGGAGGGCUUGGCGGAUGUACUUAAACGAAGCCGGAGCAUCAGGUCGGUCUUCCUUGCGAACGAGACCACGGGAGGCACCACCGCCUUUGUGCGACGGCUGUCCAAGGGCAUUGCGGACAACUGCACGUUGCUGGAAGUGGAUUGCAGGGCUCGCGUGGAGGCCGAGGCCGUAGGUGACUGGCUGGCUGUACGAGAGGCGACUCUGCGAAACUCGGGUCUGGUCGCACGAGCUGCUCGAAUAAAGAAGGCUUCAGAUUACGACAGGUACGUCACCGGAGCCCUGGAGCGAGUUUCCCGGUAUCCUGCCCUACUGGACGAGGUUGCCGUAAAGGCCCGUAUCGACAAAGCAGAGCUCACGGUCUUGGUGCGAGACCGCCUGAAAAGAACCGAAAGCAUGGACGGAUUUAUGCGGGCCGCCGGAGUGGUCAGGGAGCGAGUCAUUUGCCAUCCACCGCCGAGCGACGACCGCAUGCAGCUGGAUGACCUGAUCGAGGACUGCUGGAGGCACCUGCGACGAUACCUCGUGAUGGACGAUGUCAAGGACAGCAUUUGCAAGAUCUAAAACAUCUGGGUCGUGAAAAACUUUAUCAGGGACCCAGAGAACCUGAGCCUACUAUAACCAUUGACAAAAGUAGUAUUGAGCACCCCGUGUAUGAAUAUUGACGAUUUAAAAAAAAUAUGUCUGUUACAAUAGAUAGCAGGCACGAACUAUAUGUAGCAGUGCCCCGACUGAUUUUCCCUUUUGCUAAGAAUCUGGUAAAGAUUACACAGCAAAUGUGCAUUUGAAACAACUACAAGGUUUCAGAAAUAACAAAGCUGGAACACUUUUC